AUGUCAACUAAACUUCAACGAAGAGCAAGUGUUGCUGGAGUGCGUAAUCGUACAGGAGAUUCAACUGAAAUGACUCUUGACGAUUACUAUCAUAUGGUAGCAAAAACUAUUUUAUGUAAUCAAAAUCCAUUAACAGGACUUUUUUCUGCUGGUAAAGAUACAGAUCAUGCUUGGGUACGCGAUAAUGUUUAUGCAAUUAUGGCUGUUUGGGGUUUAUCGUUAUCUUAUAAAAAACAUUUGGAUCAAAUGGAAAAUUGGACAAAAUGUUAUGAAUUAGAACAAAGUGUUGUUAAAACAAUGCGUGGUUUAUUGAUAUGUAUGAUGAAACAAGUAAAAAAAGUUGAAAAAUUUAAAUCAACAUUAAGUCGUGACGAUGCUUUACAUGCUAAAUACUCUUCAGUGACGGGUAAUACAGCUGUAGGUGAUAAUGAAUGGGGACAUUUACAAUUAGAUGCAACUUCAUUAUAUUUAUUAAUGCUUGGUGAAAUGACAUCAUCAGGCUUAUAUAUUGUUUAUACUCUUGAUGAAGUUGAUUUUGUUCAGAAUCUCGUAUUUUAUAUUGAGCAAUCAUAUAUGAUUCCAGAUUAUGGUAUUUGGGAACGAGGUGAUAAAACAAAUCAUGGUUAUCCAGAACUUAAUUCAAGUUCAGUUGGUAUGGCUAAAGCAGCAUUAGAAGCAAUGAAUGAAUUGGAUUUAUUUGGUAGUAAUGGUGGUCCACGAUCAAUUAUACAUGUUUCAUCAGAUUAUAUUUAUUGGUGUUAUUCAGUACUUAAAUCAAUGUUACCACGUGAAUCAUUUUCAAAAGAAACUGAUGCAUCAUUAUUGAGUAUAAUUAGUUAUCCAGCAUUUAGUAUUGAAGAUCUUGAUUUAGUAACAGAAACAAAAACAGGUGUUAUAUCAAAAUUACAAGGUCGAUAUGGUUUGUCGAGGUUUUUACGUGAUGGCCACAAAACACCAGUUGAGAAUGCAUCCAGAUUACAUUAUGAUCCACAUGAAUUGAAACGAUUUGAAAGAAUUGAAUGUGAAUGGCCACUGUUUUUUUGUUAUUUAAUUCUUGACGGAUUAUUUCAUGAAAAUGACAAUCAAGUUGCACUCUAUUAUGGUCUACUUGAAGAAUGUAUUAUUAAAGAUCCAGAAGGUGUACAAAUUAUACCAGAAUUAUAUGCUGUACCAGGCGAUAGAGUAAGAAUAAAAAUUUGAUCUUAACAGAAAGUGACUAUUUUUAAUGUAAAUAAGGACUAAAUUCAUUCUGCAGAAAUCAUGUUAUAACUAGAAUUUUGACUCUAGACUAGGAUUGACAUUUUAACUUUACUUUUAUAUUAAAGGUGAACGUAUCACCUGUACUAUAGAUUUAUCUUUAGUAGCGAGUCAAAAAUACUAGCGACUCGCUAGAAUUUGUUGACAAGCCAAACAGAUUCGUGAGAACGAAAGAAAAUUUGUUUCAUUCUCUUAUAGCUGAUUGGCUUCUCAUCAAAGACGAGC